CCCUCGACGCGCUCGGGCUCGAUUGGCCGGCCUCCCACGGCGUGGUAACGGUCGCAGAGGCGGGGCCGGGGGCCGCUGAGCCGGCGGGGCUGGGCGCGCUGCUGGAGAGUGGCGGCGGCUGAGUAAGAUGAAGAUCCAGUUUCAGAUAUGAGAGUCACUGAGUGAUCAUUUCAUUGGGAUCAACUUGAAUGACCAGGUGAAAAGUGCAAGAGGAAUGUGCUAUGACUGAGCCCCUAAAGCCCAGGAGUCCAGCAAAUCAUCAAACGGACUCAUGACUGAAAAACAGCGGGAAGAAGCAGAAUGGGAAAGCAUAAACGUGCUGUUGCUGAUGCAUGGCUUAAAACCUUUAUCUCUAGUCAAAAGAACAGAUACGAAAGAUCUCAUCAUUUUUGACAAGCAGUCAUCACAAAGGAUGAGGGAGAAUUUAAAAACUUUGAUGGAAGAAACAUCACGUCAACAGAACAUGAUCCGGGAGCUCAUAGAAACUAAUAAGCAGCUUAAAAAUGAACUUCAGCUACAACACAGCCGAGCAGCAGAUCAGGAACAACGAGCUAAUGACUUGGAACAAAUUAUGGGGAGUGUGAAAUCCAAAAUUGGUGAAAUGGAGGAUGAAUCCCUAAAUAGGGUUUGCCAGCAACAGAAUAAAAUAAAAGAACUUCAAAAGGAGCAUACAGCUUUACAGGCAAAAUGUGAACAUUAUAAGAAAAAACGAAUGGAGCAACAAGAGACUAUUGCUUCUUUGCAGAAGGAUAUCUGUAGAUUAACAAAGGAGGACGAAGAGCGCAUCAUCACUCAAAACAGAGUGUUCUCCUAUCUCUGCAAGAGAGUUCCUCAUACCAUCUUGGAUAGACAGUUGCUUUGCCUAAUUGAUUACUAUGAAUCUAAAAUUAGAAAAUUUCAUAAACAAAGGCAAUGUAAAGAAGAUGAAAGUCAGUCAGAAGAAGACUACAGAAGUCUGAGUGCUUCCCCCACUUAUAAAGGCCUUCUAAUGUCUUUACAGAAUCAACUCAAGGAAUCGAAGUCUAAGAUAGAUGCACUUUUAAGUGAAAAGCUGAAUCUCCAAAAAGAUUUGGAAACCAGGCCCACACAGCGUGAAUUAAGACUUUAUAAACAACAAGUGAAGAAGCUGGAGAAAGCCCUUAAGAAAAGCAUCAAAUUACAGGAUCUUAUCAGUCAAAAAAAGGCUGAGGACAAAGAGGGAAAAGAUGAGCCCAGCAAAGAUAACCAGCAGCAGACCCUAAUUGACCAGAGAUACUUUCAGGUAUUAAGGAGCAUCAAUUCAAUUAUUCACAAUCCAAGAGCUCCAGUAAUAAUUUAUAAACAGAGCAAAGGAGGAGCCCAACAUUUUAAUAAAGAUCUUGUUCAAGAUUGUGGAUUUGAGCAUCUUGUUCCUAUAAUAGAAAUGUGGGCAGAUCAGCUGGCUUCCUUAAAGGAUUUGUAUAAGUCCUUGAAAAUACUAUCUGCAGAACUGGUGCCUUGGCAUAAUUUAAAGAAGCAGGAUGAAAGUGAAGGUGUCAAAGUUGAAGAUCUGUUGUUUAUAGUAGAUACCAUGUUAGAAGAAGUGGAAAAUAAGGAAAAGGACAGCAAUAUGCCAGACUUUCAAAUUUUGCGAGCUAUUGUUUCUCACUUCCAAAAAUUAUUUGAUGUGCCUUCUUUAACUGGAGUCUAUCCCCGAAUGAAUGAAGUUUAUACUAGGCUUGGAGAAGUGAACAAUGCUGUGAGAAACCUCCAGGAACUCUUAGAACUAGAUAGUUCAUCCUCAUUGUGUGUGCUGGUGAGCACAGUUGGAAAAUUGUGUAGGCUGGUUAAUGAAGAUGUGAAUGAACAGGUUAUGCAGCUAUUGGGACCUGAAGACCUCCAAAGCAUUAUCAACAAAUUGGAAGAACAUGAGGAAUUUUUCCCAGCAUUUCAGGCAUUUACUAAUGAUCUACUUGAAAUCUUAGAAAUUGAUGACUUGGAUGCCAUUGUACCUGCAGUAAGGAAAUUAAAAAUACUUUCAUCCUGAAAACAAAUCAUUUUUACUGUGUAAAUUGCAUUCUUAACAUUCUAAAUAUUUUGUAGGAUUGAUCUUACUCUGAGACAAGGGUUAUAAAAUGUAUAUACUCUCAGAAUUCACCCCCUUCUUUCUGUUGAGUCCUUCUCCAUCCAUAUAAUUUUUAUUAACUUUGAGAUUCUUUUAUAGAAAACAUUGCUAAGUUUAAUUACUAAAUUAACUUUAGAUCCUUUAAUCAUUUCUUAAGCAAUUCUUGAGUGCUUAAAAUGUAAGAUUGUUUUAAAGUACAGUGUGUAAGAGAGAAACUCAGGGAGAGAGUGCAAGUAAUAGAAAGGUUGCAUUUAAGUUCAGAGUGUUUUGGCCUGGGAACAAGGAAUGCCAGUGGCUCUCUUUAGUCCAGCCAGCAGGAAGCUGUUGCUUUCCUGGCAAGGAAAUGGCACAUUCUAUUAAGAUAUCCCUUAUGGCACUUGCCCUUUCAGAGCAGAAGGAAGAAAAGGAAGAAGGAAAAAAGUUUUUAUCUUGUUAGGGUAGGAAAUGAAUUAUGAGGUAAAAUAGAUGAGUGGAUGUGAGUCUCUCAUAAAAUGUCCUUUUUGCUAUCUUGAUGUGAUGUACUUUUUAUAAGGGCAUGAAAUCUUAAAUAAAAUUUUUGUUAUGAAUUUCCAAAC